AGCUGGUAGCAACUUGCAACAACCAAUUGGCAACUGCAAGUAUAUAAAAGCAAGUGCUUGACGCGCAGGCGCCGACAGUUGAAAUUCGCCAACAGCCGCGAAUCGAGCUCUUAAUUCGAAAAUCUGCACUCGCCAAUCGCUAUUGCUGGAAUAUUCAAAUCGAGCGCUGUGGGAAUUUUCGCGUCUAUUAUUGGCCAACAUGAGGAAGCAUUGCAUCAAUGGAAUUUGGCUGCUCUUGCUGUUAAAGCUGAUUUUGGUCAGGUGCGAGCAGUCGGGAGAGGAUCAAAGAAUCCAGCGUCGUUUUAUGUGGCAAGAUAUGAACAACUCGGUGAUGGGCGGCGUAUUGGGACGGAUGUUCAAGGGAGCCCGGGCGAUGAAGUCGAUGCUGACGGAUCUCAUGCCGAACACGGCGGGAUAUAGCCAUAAAUCCACCAUGGAAUUCCUGCCCACGGAGACGACGCGUGUGAAGUACAUCAUCCGCAAUCCGCACAACAACAAACCGAUGAAAAUCAUCAAGAUGCGACCGUCGUCGAAGAAGGUUGUCAAGCUGAGGAGACCCGUGCCGAAGACCACGAUCACGGAGUCCACGGUGAUGAUCUCCCACGCAGUUCACAACGACAACCGCAUGAGGCAGUUGGAAAAGGAGCAGGAGCUGAUUGCCGAGGGCAAGGCACCGAUAACCAGUGAUGAGGCCAUCAUGGAUAAGUACUUCAAGAAGCGAACCCGAGGCGGCUCCCCCAACGAAGUGGUCUCCGGCAAGAUCAUGGAGUACCAGAGUUGGAAGCCCGUCUACAAGCCGGGUGAAACGCCCUCCUCUUUUGUUACCCUAAAACCCCAACCUUUGACCCGUUUGCACACGGAUAUAUCCAGUGGAGAUCACGAAAUGCUGCCCAAGCCCGAGAAACUGGUGAGCUACGAGUACGAGAGGGACGAGGAGGAGGAGGCGGAGAACGAGGUGGCCAAGCAAACGGGUCACCACUACGAGGUCACCGAGCACACAGGCGAAUCCGGUGGUGAAGAGGAUACCGUGGAGUCGGUGGGUUCGAUGGAGGGAGGUUUUGUGCCCAGUCAGGGGAUGAUUUUCAGGUCGCCGCCACCGCAGCAACUUCCACCGAGGCCCAGACACCGACCCACCUCCACGACGACCACCACCACCACCAGCACCACCGAGGCGCCCAAUUAUCCGGCGUCGUUUUUGAAGAAAUACCGCGAAAGGGAGGCAGCCAUGAGCACCACCACCAGGCGGCCUCGAAAGCACCACCACCCGAAGGAGUUCUAUGUGAUCCGCGAGGGCGAGGACUCCACCGAGGGCAGCACCACUCCGCCCUCCUUCUCGAUGAGCAGCUUGCGGGCCCGUCUCCAGGAUCAGCAGCGCCACCAGAAGCAGCAGCAAAAGCAGCAACUGGAGGAUGAGGAACUGGAGGCGGCGCUCGUGGAUGCGAUGCACGGCGACAAGUGGCCAUCGGAGGUGGCGCACAGUGGCUUCCAGCUGGCCAGUCCCAUUGGUCCGAGUGCCGUGGCCUUCGAGCAGCCGUUGGCCAAGGCGCCAAGGGGUCAAUACAAACGCCAGACCCGCGACAACAUUCGCCAACGCGGAUCCGUCAAGUUUGGCGAUAAGCCCUACUACGAUGAAGUCUGAGGAGCGAGGGAACCAAAGAGCCGAAGGCUACACGGUCAGAAAAUACUAACUAAAUUGCGUAGUUUUGUAUACCAAAUUCUGUGACAUGUGAAAAUUCGCUAAAGAGCAAUGACAUUUCGGACUCUUGAUUAAUUUAUAACAAGACAAAGAUUUUAUUCAGUUCAAAAAUGUACAAGUCAAAAUUAUAACAAUAUUUAUAACUAGCAUAGAAAGACAACAAAGUGUUACAAGUAAAUCUAAACAAUAAACUAGGAAAACUGUAUUUAAAAAUACAUUUACAAUUUAAAGCAAGUGUGCAAUAAAGAAAUUUAAAAGUAACAUUAACACAUUUUUAUUUUAUGGUAACCAAAUAAGAAGGAUUUAAUUUCAAUGUUUUUCC